GAUAAUUAAGUUUUAAAUAUUUGAUACAAUCGCAUAACAAUUAUGCAGGCCAUCAAAUGUGUAGUUGUUGGUGACGGUGCUGUCGGUAAGACAUGUCUUCUUAUCAGUUACACAACAAAUGCAUUUCCAGGGGAAUAUAUUCCGACAGUCUUCGAUAACUAUUCAGCAAAUGUAAUGGUUGAUGGAAAGCCAAUAAAUUUAGGACUUUGGGAUACUGCAGGUCAAGAAGAUUACGAUCGACUACGUCCACUGUCUUAUCCACAAACCGAUGUCUUCUUAAUAUGUUUUUCAUUGGUAAAUCCAGCUUCAUUCGAGAACGUUAGAGCUAAAUGGUAUCCAGAAGUCCGUCAUCAUUGUCCAUCAACUCCAAUUAUUUUGGUUGGAACAAAAUUAGAUUUACGAGAUGAUAAGAACACAAUUGAUAAAUUGCGUGACAAGAAAUUACAGCCAAUUACAUAUCCACAGGGUCUGGCUAUGGCCAAAGAGAUUGGCUCGGUAAAAUAUCUAGAAUGUUCAGCAUUGACUCAGAAGGGCUUGAAAACUGUUUUCGAUGAAGCCAUUCGUGCUGUGUUGUGUCCAGUAAUUAAGCCAAAGGAAAAACGUCGAUGCACGUUGCUUUAA